UGUGCCUAUACUAAUUCUUCAGUACGUACCUACUUACGGCCAUUCAUUCCCAAUUCCUUAAGAGACAGUUGAAAUAUAUUUUAAACCUUUCUUAAGAUAGUAAAUCGGCUGUUUUUUUUAUUUUCUCGAAGGUUCAUUUGCCUGGUAAAGCAGGAUCGAGCGUUCGUUCACACAACCCAUUAAAACGAGGAUAUUUCCUCAAUCUGGAUCGUAUAUAUAUAUCUCCUGUUAAUGACUCAUUAAAUAAUUGUUUAAUAGAUUAAAAUGGAAGGGAAUCGAAGAGUGCGAUUCAACACUGAAAGAAGGCCUUUUCUGAAUAAUAAUCAAACAUCGUAUCAGCGACCACCUCCUUCCUUCAUGAUAGAAGAAGGAGACGAAGAGUCUGAAGAAGAUGAUGGACCUCAAUUUCUUUCUAUUCAUAGGGCUCCUUCUCCCGCUGUCGGUUAUCGACCAACAGGUUCUGCGGGUUCCGUGGACAAUGGAAACUUGAAUAUUCCAACGUUACCAAGUCCUGUUGCAUCUCGACCUGUGUCUGAUAACAACAGCAUUGAGGAACGUUAUGCUUCAAGUAUCCGAACACAAGAUAGCUCGAAUCCUUCAGUUAAUAAUUUACCGGUUAGAAGACCCACCUUAGACCGAAGCCAUUCUGCUCCUAUGAUUGGAAUUAAUCAAACAAGGAAUCAAUCUGCUACAGAUUUGUCCUCUACUCCGCCGAAUGUAUCUUCAACGGUAAACGAGGCUUAUAAACUUGUUGCAGCCCAUACUUCGGCAAAAUUAGAGCACAUGAGAUUAAACGCAAUGAAAAAUACAGAAGAGAACACCGACGAAGAAAAUGAAAAAGAUCCUUUCGAAGAUGAAAUGGACAUGUUAGGUCAUCCGAAGAACUAUAGAGCUGGUGUUCUCUCCAGCUUGCUAAAGCUUUAUACGAAUUCCGACACGGUUACCUCGAGUAGAAUAUCAUUAAAACAGCCAAGUCCCUCUAAAUUACAAAAGCAGCAUGCACGAAUUUCUUCCAGUCAUUCGCUUACAGAUCUCAUGCGUGCUUCAAAUCAGACAUUUAUGAGUCCAGCCGUAGGAUUUCAGUCCCGUGAUGAUUUAUCGGAUCUUCCCAAGUUACCUAACCAAAAACCAAAAAAGUUUCAUUUCCCGCACCACUCAAAGAAAGUGUCCCCUUUAAAUGAAAAAUACAAGAUUACUGUUCAUUUGGCAGAUGUAUUACAAAGGCAAAAAUACAUUUUAAAACUUUGCCGAGCACUCAUGACUCAUGGUGCACCGAGCCAUCGUUUAGAAGAACACAUGUCUUCUACUGCAAAGGUUCUGGAGAUUGAAGGACAAUUUUUAUAUGUUCCCGGCUGUAUGAUUAUUUCGUUUGGAGACACGAAUACUCACACCUCUGACAUGCAUAUUGUUCGUGUUAAUCAAACUGUCGACUUGGGAAAAUUGAAACUAGUUCAUGAUGUUUAUAAAGCUGUUAUUCACGACUUGAUGAGCGUUGAGGAAGCGAUCAAGGGACUUGAUACUAUCUUAAAAUCUCCUCCUUAUUUUAAAACCUGGAUAUUGAUUGUAACCUAUGGUUUCGCGAGUGCCUUUAUUUUGCCAAUUGCAUUUUCAGGUGGAUGGAUUGAUCUUCCAAUUUGCUUUUUUUUCGGUUUAAUCAUCGGAACGCUUCAACUACUUGUUGCUCCACGAUCACCCUUGUACAAUAGUCUGUUGGAGGUUACCGGUUCUAUUUUAACAUCCUUUUUGAGUCGAGCUUUUGGAAGUAUCUAUCGCGAUCACGCAAAUAAGACGAAUCCUAUUUUUUGUUUUGCAGCAUUAGCAGAAGGUGCAAUUGUGCUAAUCCUUCCUGGUUAUAUUGUUUUGUGUGGAUCCCUUGAACUGCAAAGUAAAAACAUUGUUGCAGGUAGUGUUCGAAUGUUCUAUGCAAUUAUUUAUUCCCUAUUUCUGAGUUUCGGUAUUGCUAUAGGCGCUGCUCUUUAUGGCUGGAUGGAUCAUCAUGCAACUUCGGAGUACGUCUGCAGUGCUGACCGAUACAUUGACGACAAAUGGAGAAUUUUGUUUGUGCCUCUCUUUACAUUAUGUUUAUUAAUUGUAAAUCAGGCAAGGCCAUCCCAAUGGCCGAUGGCUUUAUUCAUAUCUUGUGUUGGCUAUAUCGUCAAUUAUUUUACAACCCAAAAACAUUUCAAAAAUACAGCCGCAAUAGGAAACGCGAUAGCCGCUUUUGUUAUUGGUUGCCUUGGAAAUUUGUACUCUCGCCUAGGACAAGGUGUCGCGUUUGCUGCUGUUUUACCAGCUAUUUUUGUGCAAGUACCUUCUGGUUUAGCUGCUCAAGGUGGUGUAAAGUUCGGAAUCGAUUUGGCUACCCAGAUUAGUAACAGCAGCAACUCAAGUGGUACUGAUGAAUCUUCUUUUAACAAUAGUUCUCUUUCGUUUGGUAUAAAUAUGGUUCAGAUAGCUAUUGGAAUUUCCGUUGGUUUAUUCGCCUCUGCAUUAGUUAUUUAUCCUUUUGGAAAACGUCGUUCCGGUUUAUUCAGUUUCUAAAUGAUUUUUGUUGCAUGCUAUAUCCUUGUUUUUCUGUGUUACAUUCUCAUAUAAUAAUUAACUUUUUUAUGUUUAGAUACGAUUUUGUCGUGAUGAUGAUGAUGAUGUCCGACUAUUAAUCAUUAAAAGCAUUAAAAGCAUUAAAAGUUCAGUGUCGUUUUUAUUUAUUUAUUUAUUUUAUGAUGUCUCUUUUACAAUUCGUUGAAUCCUCGUUGUGCAAUUAUACCUGGUUUACUAAGUUUAUAUUAUAUAUUUUGUUUUUACUGAUACCUCUCAUGGUUAUCCUUGCAUGAAUAAAAUGCUUGAUACUUCAAGUAGGCCUACUUACUCUGUCCUGCUGAAGAAAAAAUACAGUAGACACUAAAUCAAGUUGCACGAAAAAUAAAGUAGCACAAUGGGUAAUGGAAGACAUCUGACUAUGAGUUAU